AUGGCAGCCAAAUCGAAGAACGUUCAGCUGAUCGCUAGUUUCGGAAAGCACAUAGUCAACGGCUUUCGUUCACGCGCCGUCGCAUCGGAUCUCUUCCCUUCUCGGAAUGGUCACACAUCGGCGUAUGAUAAGAACGUAGAGGAAGAAUUGCAAUCGAGUAAAGUGCCUGAUGAAAUGAUUAAGCCUGACUCUGACAAAUAUUGGUCUCCGCAUCCUCAAACCGGUGUCUUUGGACCUUCAUCCUCCUCCUCCUCAACCGAAGCAACCGACGAGAAUCUUGGUAGCCAGGAGGACUCAGUGAUGGAGGAGAAAGCAUGGUUCCGUCCAACAAGUCUCGAGGACAUGGACAAGACUAACCAUUCGUAA